GUGUCAUCAGCCUGGCGCCUCUGUGAGAAAGUUCCACUGCAAGAGGCCCUGGAGCAUUAUCAUUUCUCUCUUUCACCCUGUCUAGGUUGCCAGCAAAUCUCGAGGGCCCUCUGAGGCUGAGCCGGGGCUGGGUCCCUCCAGCCGCUUGAAAGAUGAACACCUGCAUCAUCAUAAUGAGGCUGCUGCUGUCUGGGACUUUUCUCUUUGCCCCGGCCUCCAGCUACAACCUGGACGUGAGGCACGUGCAAAACUUCUCCUUCCCAGACGCCGGGAGGCAUUUUGGGUACCGUGUCCUGCAGGUUGGAAACGGGUGAGCUGCCGCCCGAGGCCCUCCGUGUCCUGCAGAGCCAGGGAUGAGGCGCCCAGACGCCAGCCCCGGGUUUCGCUAGACUGUGAAACAGGCGGGUCGAGGAUUGGCAAUAGACGUUAGCUCAGAGCCGGUUCUUGCCUGUGACCCUGGGCUGUCUCGGACGUGUGACCAGAAUAUGUAUCUAAGUGGCCUGUGUUACCUCUUCAGCCAGGAUCUGAGGGGUCCUGUGCUACAAGGCCGCCCUGGUUAUCAGGAAUGUAUAAAGGGCAACGUAGACCUAGUAUUUCUAUUUGAUGGUUCAAGGAGCUUGCAGCAAGAUGAAUUUCAGAAAAUUCUGGACUUCAUGAAGGAUGUGAUGAAGAAACUUAGCAACUCUUCCUACCAGUUCGCUGCUGUUCAGUUUUCCACGACCUGCCGAACAGAAUUUAAUUUCUUGGAUUAUGUUAAGCUGAAGGACCCUAAUGUUCUGCUGGCCAAAGUAACCCACAUGAGCCAGUUGACCAACACGUUUACUGCCAUCAACUAUGUCGCGACAAAGGUGUUCCGGCAAGACCAGGGGGCCCGGCCAGAUGCCACCAAAGUGCUUAUCAUCAUCACUGAUGGAGAAGCCACUGACAGUGGCAACAUUGGCGCGGCUGAAGACAUCAUUCGCUACAUCAUUGGGAUUGGAAAGUACUUCCGGGCCAAGGAAAGUCAAGAGGCACUCCACAAAUUUGCCUCAAAACCCACGCAGGACUUUGUAAAGAUUCUAGACACAUUUGAGAGGCUGAAAGACCUAUUCACUGAGCUGCAAAUGAAGAUCUAUGCCAUUGAGGGCACAAGCAGACAGGACCUGACUUCCUUCAACAUGGAGCUGUCCUCCAGUGGGAUCAGUGCUGACCUCAACAAAGACCAUGGCAUCGUGGGUGCAGUUGGAGCCAAGGACUGGGCUGGAGGCUUUCUAGACCUGAAGGAAGACCUAGAGGAUGAUACGUUUGUUGGGAAUGAACCACUGACACCAGAAGUGAGAGGAGGCUAUUUGGGUUACACGGUGACCUGGCUGUCCUCCCAAGAGCUCCCAUCACUGCUGGCAGCUGGAGCCCCCCGAUACCAGCAUGUGGGGCAGGUUCUGCUGUUCCGAGAGCUGGAGAGCAGAGGACACUGGAGCCAAAUCCAGAAAAUAGAGGGGGUCCAGGUUGGCUCUUAUUUUGGUGGAGAGCUGUGUGGUGUUGAUAUGGACCAAGAUGGGGAGACAGAGCUGCUGCUGAUUGGAGCUCCUCUGUUCUAUGGGGAGCAGAGAGGAGGCCGAGUGUUUGUCUACCAGAGAAAACAGCUGGAGUUUGAAGUGGUGUCAGAACUGCAGGGGGAUCCUGGCUACCCCCUUGGGCGAUUUGGAGCAGCCAUCACUGUCCUGACAGACAUCAACGGGGAUGAGCUGAUGGACGUGGCUGUGGGAGCCCCUCUGGAGGAGCAGGGGGCUGUGUACAUCUUCAAUGGGCGGCAUGGUGGGCUGAGCCCCCGGCCAAGUCAGCGGAUAGAAGGGACCCGGGUGUCCUCAGGAAUUCGAUGGUUUGGACGCUCCAUCCACGGGGUGAAGGACCUUGGAAAGGAUGGCCUGGCAGAUGUGGCUGUGGGGGCUGAGGGUCAGGUGAUCGUGCUGAGCGCGCGGCCUGUGGUGGAUAUCAUCACUCAGAUGUCCUUCACCCCGGCCGAGAUCCCAGUGCAUGAAGUGGAGUGCUCCUAUUCAACCAGUGACAAGAAGAAGGAAGGAGUUAACAUCACAGUCUGUUUCCAGGUCAAGUCUCUCACCUCCCAAUUCAAAGGGCCCCUGGUUGCCAACCUCACUUACACUCUGCAGCUGGAUGGCCAUCGGCCCAGAAGCCGGGGGUUGUUUCCCGGAGGGAGACAUGAACUCAGCGGGAACACAGCUGUCACGGAUGUCAUGUCCUGCACUGGGUUUUGGUUCCACUUCCCGGUAUGCAUUCAAGACCUCAUCUCUCCCAUCAACGUCUCCGUAAAUUUCUCUCUCUGGGAGGAAGAAGGGACACCGAGGGACCAAAGGGAGCAGGACCAGGACAUACAGCCCAUCCUGAGACCCUCAGCACACUCGGAGACCAAGGAGAUCCCUUUUGAGAAGAACUGCGGAGAGGACAAGAAAUGUGAAGCAAACCUGAAGGUGUCCUUCUCCCAUGAAAGAUCCAAAGUCCUGCGUCUGACCCCCUCUGCCAGCCUCUCUGUGGAGCUGACACUGAAUAACUCAGGAGAAGAUGCUUACUGGGUCAGGCUCGGCCUGAGAUACUCCGGGGGACUGUCCUUCCGCAAAGUGGAGAUGCUCAAGCCUCACAGCCAGAUACCUGUGAGCUGCGAGGAGCUGCCCGAGGAGCCCAACCUUCUGACCAGGACCCUCUCUUGCAACGUGAGCUCUCCCAUCUUUAGAACAGGCAGUUUGGUUGUUAUCCAGGUGAUGUUUCAUACGCUGCUGAACAGCUCCUGGGGGGACUUUGUAGAGCUGCACGCCAAUGUGAGCUGUGAAAAUGAGGACUCAGGCCUCCUGACGGACAACUCAGCAACCACCAGCAUCCCAGUCCUGUACCCCAUCAACAUCUUGACUGAGGACCAAGAAGACUCCACACUCUAUAUCAGUUUCACCACCAAGGGUCCCAAGAUCCAGCACGUCAAGCACAUCUACCAGGUGAGGAUUCAGCAUUCUGUCCAUGACCGCAACCUGCCCACCCUGGAGGCCGUGAUUGGGGUACCACGAGUUCACAGUGAGGGGCCCAUCAGGUACAACUGGAGUGUGCAGAUGGAGCCUCCUGUCAACUGCCAUCGUAAGGAUCUGGAGAGGCCACCCAGUGUGGCUGAGUCCCCUCAGCCUUGUUUGCCUGGAGCCGAGUUCCGCUGCCCAGUUGUCUUCAAGCAAGAGAUCCUCGUCCAAGUGAUCGGGACUGUGGAGCUGGUGGGGGAGAUCGAGGCCUCCUCCAUGUUCAGCCUCUGCACCUCUCUCUCCGUCUCCUUCAACAGCAGCAAGCAUUUCCACCUCUAUGGCAGCAAUGCCUCUCUGGCCCAGGUCAUCAUGAAGGUUGAUGUUGUAUAUGAGAAGGAAAUGCUCUAUCUCUACCUGCUGAGCAGCAUCGGGGGACUGUUGCUGCUGUUGCUGAUUUUCUGGGUGCUCUACAAGGUUGGCUUCUUCAAACGGAACCUGAAGGAGAAGAUGGAGGCUGACGUAGAUGCCUCAAAUGGAAUCCCUGCAGAAAACUCUGAGCAGCCAGCGUCUGAGGAAGAGGCUGUGGAUCCUGGCUGCCUGGAUCCCCUCCGUGACGAGGAGGCCCAGGAUGGAGGUGGCAAAGACUGAGGCCCAGGCCUGAUGCAGAGGGUCCAGGACUGGACUUGGGAUGCCUGGUGCCAGUCUGCCUCUACCUGCAUUUCACUGUGUGUCUUCGGGCAAGUCACUGCCCCUCCCUAGGCCUGUUUUCCUAUCUUGGAUAUGGAGCUCAUUCCUGCCCGCCUCCUUUUGCAGGCUCAUGGUGAGGAUCCACUGACGGAUGGGCCAGGAAGGCUACAGAGGUGAGGGCUUGUAAUUGUCAGAUGGUCCUGGCUUCCAUCAGCCCCUCUUAGUUUCUUCCGCUGGAAGAGAACGUCUGAUCCAAAUUUGGAGAAACUGUAAUCUCAGGACCUAGUGACACUCCCGGCCCUCACACCCACCUGCCCUUAGAUGUCCGCAGAGGCUUCAGACUUCCAGAACCUUGCCCUGCACUCACUCCUGCCAGGAGUCCAGUCAGCUUCCCAUUCUGCUGCCAGAGAACAAAUCUGUGUCACUACACUGCUGCUGCAUACCCCUUGCCCUUUGGCUAAAGACCAAAUUCCUUAACGUGCCUUCCCAAAUCU